GCGUGUUUGGCCUCCACGGCGUACGACUGUUAUCUUGAUGCUAAUGUUGAACUUUUAACAGCACUUUACAGUAACUCCACAUCCGCAUUCGUCAGCUAGCUAACAGCUACCAAGGCGUAUGGAAAGGAGGCUGAGACACGCGUCAUCAACGCGUUAUAUCUCCGGGGGGGUAUAGCACAUGCGCAGUAGAACCUGGCCUGCACUUGAGCCAAUUGUAUCGCACGGCGCAGCUUGAGUUACACCACGCAUGCGCUGUACCCAACACCCCAAGACCCGUGUCCCAGCCUCCUUCCAUAGGCCUUGACAGCGACAUGGAAGCACAGAGAGCUCAUCUGGGCACAGCUGCAGCCAGGUCGCGGAACUAAUAUGAGUUAUCACUGUUAUAAAAACAUGAACAGUAAUCGGGAGGAGAAGGAGCUUUCAGCGAUAUAAAAGUUGUCGGAAAAAACGUUUUUGGCCUCACCUCCUGAAACUGGAUUUUGAAGGUUCGGCGAUGGAUUUUCACCAUUAAGUUCUCCUUACUUCACAGUGGUCAUAUACUUGACUCACUGUACAGUUCGGCAGCAUGUUUCAUCGCCAUGGGAUGACUGGUUAGUGAAACUGUGGCUGUCAUUAUUUUUGCUGAAAUGUCCUUCACAGAGGAAAUAUCUUAACUAACAGCAUCUACAGUUGUCACUUUUAGACAGUCACACAGCCAUGGGCUUCUGUUCGCCUGUGUGCAAGAUUUUGCGGAGGGGGAAAUAUUUUGUACUGCUCCUGGUCUCGCUCUCAGUGCUGGCAUGGAUCGCAACGUUUUCAGGCGAAACAGUGAAAUCCGGUCAGGUUUCUUCUGCCACACCACAAACUCUUGUCAAAGGAGACAGUCUGAGGGAUAAAGUCAACACAUGGACAGCGGCACCCGAUCACUUAAAUACUCCACCACCAAAAGAAGAAUGCCUUGAGGAGUCACCAUUGCUACAGGGAGCCAUGAAGCUGUCCUUUGAAUCCUCUCUGAAACUGAAAGACGUGGAGAAUGACAACAAAGAAGUGACUGAAGGCGAGUACGAGCCCUCAGACUGCACGGCGAGGCAGAGUGUGGCCAUCCUCAUCCCUCACCGCAGCAGAGAGAGACACCUUCUCUACCUCCUGCAUCACCUGCACCCCUUCCUGCAGAGGCAGCAGCUACACUACGCCAUUUAUGUCAUCCAGCAGGCUGGUGAUGCAACUUUUAACCGUGCCAAGCUACUCAAUGUCGGGUAUUUGGAGGCACUGAAGGACUACAGUUGGGAGUGCUUCAUCUUCCAUGAUGUGGACCUGGUUCCUGAAAAUGAUCACAAUUUAUACGUCUGUGACAAGCAGCCCAAACACUUGGUGGUGGGCCGGAACGCCACAGGAUACAAGCUGCGUUACAAAGGCUACUUUGGAGGAGUCACAGCUAUGACCAAAGACCAGUUCCUUCAAGUGAAUGGAUUCUCAAACACGUACUGGGGUUGGGGCGGAGAAGAUGAUGACCUUCGCAUCAGGGUCGAGCUGCAGAAAAUGAAGAUUGUGCGGCCGCCCGCUGACAUAGCUCGCUACACCAUGGUGUUUCACAAACGAGACAGCGGCAAUGAAAUAAACAAAGACAGGAUGAAGUUGUUAGGACGAACACCGCUGGUGUGGAGGAAGGACGGACUCAACAGCUGCUCAUAUAAGACUAUGUCGGUAGAGAGGCAGCCUCUUUAUGUGAAUGUUACUGUGGACAUUGGUAAGCCACAGAGUUGAGAUUUUAAAUGGGAAGCUGUGCUGUGACCAAAAAAUAUUUUUUUAAUAUGUUUAGUUCCACUGAGUGCGGAAAGGCUACUAUGUGUGUGUACAAGACACCACAUUAAACACACAAAAUGCACAUUUUUUUGAUUAGUUUACAUAUUAGAAUAAUGUCCCGCUGGGAACUACAUCUUUGCACAUUUUUGCAUAUCAUGCUGCUUUAAUUUCUUCAUAUUUUUACCAGCCUGCAAAAAAAUUAUUGGCUUUGGUCAAAUAGAGAAGUCGUGCCAUCCAGCUGCCAGACUUCGAUUAAUUCAUACAUAUGCCUCAUUAGUGGCCUACAUAAUACAGUACAGCAUAAAACAUGCGGGUAUUUUGUGUUUAAAAACCUGCAACAUAUGCAAAAUGUGUAUUUUGUGUGCUUCUGUGGCUGCAUUGACUUUUUCUGAAGCCCCUACGGACACAGGCGUUGUCACUUAUUUUGCCUAAUUCUACGUCUUCUCAGGACUGUCUGGGAGGCACAGACUGAUUCAUCAAUAUCUCCUGUUAGGGCAGGGUCUUUGAUAUCUCUUCGUGUACCUGGCAUGUAGUGACGUCCCAUAUUUCCCAGAAGGCUAAUCAUAUAGCAGAUAACUGAGAACACCCGUUUGUAGGUGUGCGGAGCCUUUUAAGAUGAAGUUAAUGUUUAGGUUUUUUUCAAGGCUGCUUGGACUCUUCAAGGCAAUGAGAUGUUUGACUCAUAGCUUGUUUUAUUGGCACUGACAUUCACAUCGCAAACUGUAGAAGAUAUUAUGACGUUAAAGGGAUCGGUUCAUAAGAGUAAUGUGCAUGAAAGCUACAAUAAUUGAUUUUUUAGCACUAGAUUGCAGACAAACUAAGAGCCAUGAUAUACUAUUAGCUUAUCAGUUUAUAGCAAACUAAUGCCUACGAUAGCUAAUUUUUUUAGACACUGAUCAACUAAAAAUAAUGUUUAAUAUCCAAAUAAAAAUAAAUUAUGAAUUAUAUAUAUAAUAUAUUUAUUAUUUAUAAAACACAAAAUAAUGAGGUUAAAUGCAUCUAUAUCUGCGGGGUCCAACUGAUGGUUAGUCAGUUCUCUGGCAAACACAUUAACAAGACGACCACAGACAUAAAGCCGACAAUACAAAGGAACUGCUGUUUCUGGUGUUUUGUUGACGGAAGACAAUGUGAACAUAUGAAUGAAAUCCUAGUAAUCUGAAUAAUAGUAGAUAUCCGAGGUCUUCCUCAUCUAAUACUUGCUGGUAAUAUUACUGUCAUAUAGAAGGUUCAUAAAGUUUUGCAUCAGAUGAACCUUGUGUGCAGAAGAAGGAAAAGGGACCACUGAAGAGCAAUAAUAAUAUAUAGAGGGCUGAUCAUUUCAAAUGAUAUCCAAUUGAAAUAUGUUAUUGUGAAAAUUUAUAAUAUACUGGUCAACUAGAAGGUUAAAAAUAACUAAACAUAUCGCUGCUCUAGAAUCAACCUACAUUAUUAUUAGUAAAAAAAAAAAAAAUGCUUGUGUUUCCUUCAGGUUUGGAAAUUAAUGUUUUUGUCAGCCACUCAAUAAAUUUCCACUGUUUUUUUGGCUGGUGAAUGAAGCAAAUCUAGCAGCCACUUGUAUAUUUUAACAGCAUUUGGCUGGUGCUAAUUUCCAACCCUGGUUGCCUUGUGCCAGCUGGCUUUAUUUUCAGAACUUAAUAACCUUGACCACCUUUGGAUGAUCAAUGUUUAUGUCUUAAAAAGUAGUUUUGUGAGCCAUAAUGAUGAUAUGAUUUCUUACUGCAUGUUUUUUUUAAUCUAUAUAAGGCCUUAUAUGCUUGAUUUUUAAGCAGGAGUUAAUGGGUGGUGGAUUCUUAUUUAUUACCUUUACAUUUAUUAAAUGAUAAUUGUAGUCUUGAGGCCGAUCAAUAUAACUUUUUAUCGUAUGUGAAGAAAUUUCAGUCUAGAAAAAUCGUAUGUUUUGGAUCAUUGCAUGCUGCUUAGAAAUAGUCUGAUAAACUCAUAUCAAAUUUGAUAAAUAAAUGAUUUGUUUCUUACUUUCAAUUAUAUGUUGAAGGUAUUGUAGCUGCUUGUAUGUUACAAUAUGUUUUGUCUUUAUUUAUCCGACCAGCAAAUCCUACAUAUUUCAAGACUGAGCAAUAUUACUAACUGUAGUGACAAAUAUGUUUACAGUUUACUUGAGCCACUCCUUUUUAUGUAUUCAUAUUCAUAACUGUUAGAGUUUCAUAAUAACCACAGGUUGCUCUAUAUUUCACACUGUUGAUGAACUCAACAAUUCUUCAUAAAUCUACAGUAGACUGCAGCUGUUUAGAAGCUCUUGAAUGAGAGUUCCGUUGUUCGAGAUAUACAUUUUAAAAACGUCCGUUAAGUUCGUGGUCGUAUCUCAAACAUGAAUGAAUGUUUUAGGGUUGUUUUUCUACUGUGGGUUGAAAACUUUUACAUGUAAACAUAUUGUUAAACUACAACUUCUCAAUAAGAUUUUGUAACAUGAUCACGACCAAGAAAAUUGUUGUAAUAAUGUAGCAUCAAACAUUUGACUGACAUUUUUUUAUUUGAAUUUGUGCUUUAUAUGAAUCAUUGUAUGAAAUUCAAAGUGAUGCCAUAAUAAUUCUUUGAGAAUUUCAUUUAGAGGAUUCAUUUUGAAUGUUUGUAUGUUGAUUUUGGGUUGAUUUGUCAUGUUUUGCUUGUGUUGAUGGGAGAAACCCAGAUUAUUAUGCAUUUCACCUCUAAUAGAAUUUUCUGUUUAGAACACAUAUAUAAUAAAUAGUAUUUUUCCUAUGAA